CUUUAAAGGGGAGGGGCGCCGUCCUGGCCGGCCGCUCCUCCCCAUCUCGUUGGCGAGCACUUCCCUGCCCGGUUCCGCUGCUGCCGCCGUCGCCGCCCCCCACCGCUGCCGGGCGUUUCCUGCACCUCCCUCUGGACACCCCGUUGGGAGGUCUUACCUGGUUACCUGACUCUGCACCCCACCCAGAGCCCUGAGCCUCAGCAUCAUGGUGAGACUCCCUCUGCAACCCAAGCACCCACCCCUUCUCUCUCUUCAAUGGACCGCUCCUCCUUGACCUUUCCUGUGACCUCUGACCUUCAAGUCAGCUACUCUCCCCGACCUCUGACCCCAACCCGUUGAGUCUCUGCUGAGCCUCAAGCUCCGAGGGCGGAAGCUGGACCCAUUGGGUCCAGAUCCAGCCUCUUUCCAGUCUCGGCCUCUUAGGAGGCGAUCAUGGACGGCACUGGGGAACCAGGAGGCUUCAGAAUCAGCCCGGCACCAUCGCCCCCCUUCAUUUUUCCCCAGCACGGCCGCCUGAAGGUGAAGACCACAGAGGAACAGGCCGAGGCCAAACGGGUGGAGCGGGAGCAGAAGCUGAGGCUGUACCAGGAGGCCACCGAGGCUGUCUUCCAGAAGCGACAGGCAGGCCACCUGGAUGAAUCGGUCUUGGAGCUGACCAGCCAGAUCCUGGGGGCAAACCCAGACUUUGCCACCCUGUGGAAUUGCCGUAGGGAGGUGCUGAUGAAUCUGGAAACUCAGAAGUCCCCUGAGGAGUUUGCAGCCCUAGUGGUAGCCGAACUAGGGUUUUUGGAGAGCUGCUUGCGGGUGAACCCCAAGUCCUAUGGAACCUGGCAUCAUCGCUGCUGGCUACUUGGCCGCCUGCCUGAACCCAACUGGACCCGUGAACUGGAGUUAUGUGCCAAGUUUCUGGAAGCUGAUGAACGUAACUUUCAUUGCUGGGAUUACCGGCGAUUUGUGGCCCAGAAGGCAGCUGUGCCACCGACAGAGGAGCUAGCCUUUACUGACAGCCUCAUUACUCGAAAUUUCUCCAACUACUCCUCCUGGCACUACCGAUCUUGCCUCCUGCCCAAGCUGCAGCCACUGCCAGAUUCUCGGCCACCAGGACGCCUUCCUGAAGAUCUUCUACUACAUGAACUGGAGCUGGUACAGAAUGCCUUCUUCACAGAUCCCAAUGACCAGAGUGCCUGGUUCUAUCACAGAUGGCUCCUGGGUCGAGCUGACCCUCAUGAUGCCAUUCGCUGCCUCCAUGUAAGCAGGAGUGAGGCUUGUUUGACUGCCUGCUUCUCUCGACCCAUAAUUGUGGGCCCUGGCGUAGAGACUGUGAUGCUCAUGGGGGAUGGCUCCCCUCUGCAUGUAGAAUGGAGGACACCAGAUGGCAGAAAGAGACCCAACUAUAUCUGGCUGUGUGACCUGCCAACUGACUCCCUUGAUGACCAGAUCUCUCAACAUUCAUUCUGUCUGAUGUGGGGUGAUGUCCAGAAGGAAUGUGUACUUUUCAAAGGUCGAAAUGAAACUUGGUGCCGAGACUCUGCCACAGAUGAACAACUAUUCAGAACGGAGCUAUCAGUGGAGAAGUCAACUGUGUUACAGUCGGAGCUGGAGUCCUGUAAGGAGCUGCAGGACCUGGAACCAGACAACAAAUGGUGCCUGUUGACUAUCAUCCUGCUGAUGCGGGCACUGGAUCCAUUGGUGUACGAGAAGGACACUCUAAAGUAUUUCAAGACCCUCAAGGUAGUGGACCCAAUGCGGGCUUCAUACUUGGAUGAUCUUCGAAGCAAGUUCUUGAUAGAGAACUACAUCCUGAAGAUGGAGUAUGCUGAAGUUCGAGUGUUGGACCUGUCUAGAAAGGAUUUGACUGUGCUCUGCCACCUGGAGCAGCUGCUGUUGAUCACCCAUCUUAAUGUCUCCCACAAUUUGCUCAGAAGUUUGCCUCCCGCCCUGGCUAUGCUGCGCUGCCUUGAGGUCUUACAAGCAGAUGGAAAUGCCAUCGAGUCUGUGGAGGGUGUUCUUAAUCUGCCCAGACUACAGGAGCUCUCCCUGUGUGAAAACCGCCUCCAGCAUACCUCAGCCCUUCAGACUCUGGCCUCCUGCCCAAAGCUGUCCCUCCUCAACCUGGAGAACAACCCCAUCUGCCAGCAAGAGACUGCCCUGGAGGAGCUGAGGACCAUGCUGCCAGAUGUAGAUAGAAUCCUGACCUAGGGGACUCCCCCAAACAUACACUGGAUACCCUUCCCUACCCUUUAAUUUAUUUGGGCUGAAUAAAGGACAGAAAAGUC